AUGGUUUAUCUAUUCGACAUCCCUGCUUACUUUAUUGUCUUACGUGAAACGCUCGAAGUUACGAUCAUUCUUGCUGUACUCCUAGGAUUUAUUGACAAAUCCUUGCCUGGUGAUGAAAAUAUCACCUUAAGAAAGCAACUUAGAAAACAAAUAUGGAUCGGAUCUUUAUGCGGAUUAUUUGUGUCACUGCUCAUUGGUGCUGCUUUUAUUAUUGUUUUCUAUGUUAUUGCUAGAAAUUUAUGGGAAGAAAGUGAAGAUUCGUGGGAGGGCGCCUUUUCUCUUAUUGCCACCGUCGUUAUAACCAUAAUGGCAUUAACCAUGGUUCGCGUUCAGCAAUGGAAACUAAAAUGGGAAAAUAGACUCCAACAAGCGACCGAAGAAUAUCUCGAACGACAUGAUAAAGGGAACAAGUGGGCUUUAAUAUUACUACCUUUCACUGUCAUUUUACGUGAGUUAGUAGAAACAAUCGUAUUUAUUGCUGGGAUUGGUUACAAUCAAGCUGCCACUGGCCUUCCCAUCCCUGUCAUUACAGGCCUUGCAACUGGCUUUUUCAUAGGAUGGCUUAUAUAUAGAGGCUCUCAUACUUUUUCUCUUACCAUAUUUUUCGUUACCACAACUGUCCUAUUAUUAUUCAUUGCUGCCGGUCUUUUCUCCAACGCCGUUAGUCAUUUGAAUGAAGCCGUUGGCGGCAAACAAAUUGUUAUCUGGAGUUUAAAUUGUUGCGACCAAGAAACUGAUAACUUUUGGUCUAUCAUGAAUGCAAUAUUUGGAUGGAGAAAUCAAGCUACUGUUGAUUCAACUGUUAGCUAUUUUGUUUAUUGGCUUGUCGUCAUUAUUGCUGCUGUGAUAAUCUUGCUCCGCUCAAAGAAAGCAAAUAAACUCGAUACCAACGACACAACUGAACAAACCGAUACAACUGAACAAACCGAUACAACUGAGCAAAUCGAUACUAAUGAAAAAGACGCUGCACAACUCAACGCUGUUUAA